AUGUCUUCCUCUUCUACUGUAUUUACUAAACCGGUUAUUAAAGAAGUAGAAGGGGAAGGAGGGGAGGAAAAAAAAGACCUUUGCAUUCAGAAAGAGAGGAUUAGGGAAAUAUUAAAAAAAAACACGGACGAAACCAAUCAAAGACAAAAAGAAGUCAGAGAAAAUAUUGAAAAUGAAAUUAAAGGGAAUGGUUCCUUGAAAAAAAAGGAAAUCAAAGAAAUAAUUGAAAAGGCUAGUGUAGGAGGACGGAGAAUUGACCAACAGACUGAUUUCGAAUUUGAUGUAGAACGGGAAUUAAAAAAGGAUUUAUUUCGUCAUUUUGUGCGGGCUAAAUAUACUAACUCUUCCGAAGUUUCCCGAAAUUUAAUUACCCAAUUUACCGAUGAUUUGGAUGAAAUUGCGUAUAGAAAAGGAACCACCCUGCCACUCUUGGCAAUUAUGUUAGGUUUGUUUGCGAUAUUGUUUGUGGUGGAAAUGAUGCUCUUCAAAAGAGCCAGCAAAUUAAAUCUAGCGGCCAAAAAAAGGCAAGAAGAAGACAAUAAAAUCAUUUACGAACGAAUUAAUAAUUUAGAGUAUAUUAAGGCAGUUUCGGGAGAAAGUUAUGAAGAGGAAAAGGUUAGUCGCCAGUUGGAUUCAACUUUUCGCCAGAACAAAAAAUCACUUUGGUAUAGCACCAUGUUUAAGGCAAUUCCUCAAUAUGUAGUUAUUCCCAACAUCCCCAUUAUUUUUAUGGCCUUAACCCUAGUUUUUUACUCCUCAAAUCCAAAAAUGGGUUCAGUAUUCCUAAUUGCUAAUUUUGUUCGAUACUUUUUUUCAGUAAGAAGUCUAAAUAAUGAAAUUAAUAAAAUAAUUGAGGCCAUGUUAACACUGGAUGAACUUUCUAGUAGUCUAACCAUUGUGAAUGAGAGUGCCAAGGUUUUAAAUCGUCAAAUUAUUUCGGCUGAACCAAGCACCCCUAUUUCAAGUCUUCCGUUCAAGAAUGGUGAUUUAAUUUUUCAAGCGGUAGUGUUUGCCUAUCCUAAACGACCACAACAAAAUAUUUUACGAAAUUUUUCUUUCACUUUUCAACAAGGUAAAAUUUAUGGUAUUGCCGGAAAAAAUGGGAUUGGGAAAAGCACUAUCACCAAAACCACUCUCAAACUUUAUGAAUUAAAAAAGGGGCAGAUUCUUAUCGGAGAACACAAUAUCCGUGAAAUAGAUACUAUUAGCCUCCACCAACACAUUUGCUACCAAACUAACCGUCCGACCUUUUUUCGAAUGAGUAUCGCCGAAAAUGUUUAUUAUCCUAAUAAAUACGAUAAAAAAGACUAUGAUAAAUUAGUGCGAGCGGCCAAAAAAGUUGGGAUUUAUGAGUUUAUUACUAAGUUGCCACAGGGAUUUGAUACGGUAUUAAGGGAAGGGGGCAGCGACCUUUCAGAGGGGCAAAAACAACAAAUCUCGGCCAUGAAAAUGUUUAUCAAUGAGUAUGAUAUUUACAUUUUGGAUGAGAUAUUAAGCAAUGUGCAUCCUAAUUUAAAAGAGAAAAUCCUACAGAAUAUUUUUGCUAAGUUAAAAGACAAGACGGUGUUAGUAAUUGACCACCAUUACGAAAUAUUUCAAUAUGUUGGUUAUGUUUAUCAAUUCACGGGCAAAGUUCAUGUUAAAUGUGUUCCCUCGCAAUUAAGAAAAGCCGCUUAUCGGAAAUUAAGAGAACUGAAUAACGCCCAAGAUACCCGAGACUUGCGAAAAACCCCCAGCAACCAUUUUGAAAAACUAACUGACCGAGAAGCAAUAAUAGUUCACCCCGGAGAAGUAUUGAGGGAGGAUUUUUUACUUCCUUUGAAACUAACGCCAGAAAAGUUGGCUAAAAGCAUUAAGAUUAAACCACAAAUAAUUCAAGACAUAAUUGCCGAAAAACGCGACUUGGAUAAAGAUUUAGCCACCCGUAUUCAGCAUGAUUACGAGCAAGAUUGUAUUGAAAACCUGCGAAUCAAUUUGAGUAAGGAAAUUACUCUAUUACGGGUUAAAAAUCAAAAAAAAUUACUCGCUCAGCAAAUUAAGGCUGAUUUAGCAAAAGAUUUAGUGGAAGCCAAAAAGGAGGAAAAGAGCAAAAAUGGAUUUGGAAGGUGUAAACCUAACGAUUGGAAAGAAAUUGAGGGUUUAAUUCAGCAAAUCAAAGAGUUAGAAAAGCAAAAGGAAAACAAAGAAACCCAAAAAUAUCAAGAGGAACAAGCAGAAAUUAACCAAAAGUUAAGCAGUAAUCCCAAAAUGUUUUUCUAUGAGGGAGUCGAAAAUGUGCCCUUUGAACAAAAAGAACUCCGAAAAAUAGUAAAGUCAUCAGAUAAAAUUACCAUUACUCCGGUUGAUAAUAGUCCUUAUAUAAACGAACUCCAAACCGGCAAAACUAAUAGCGAGCGAUAUUUAAAGAAAAUCCAAAAAGAAGAUCCAGACUACCUUGAAGGCAUUGCUGAUACUAAAAAAAGAAUUAUUGAACACGGUAAUAAAUUGCCUGCUCCUCUGAAAAACGGAAAUAAGCCAACUGAUAAAGUUUCUAAACUCCUAUCAGGAGAAUUAAAUGAAAAAAAUUUACUUCAAUACUUUCAAAAGAAUAACGUUAAAUCAAUUAAAUUAGAUAAUAAUAACCUAGUAAUUGAAUAUAAUAGCAAGCGAGAAAAAGAAACUAAGGCAAUAAAUAACCAAGAACGAGAACAAAUAAAAUCUCUUGCUGAAAAGUUAGGCAAAGGUGAAUUAUUUUUAAGUGAUUUAGAACAGGUUAGUAAUUCAACUAAUACUCCUAACUCUAAUCAAGGACUUUAUAUUGGUUUAGCAGUAGUGGGAGUGGUAGCAGUGGGAAUAAUUGCUUUCUUACUGAUAAGGAAAAAUAAAACUAAAAAACAUUAA